CUGGAUUAUCUCCUACAUGUUUUCCUCGCUUGCCACACCUCCGCCGAGUACCAUGUGGACUCCAUAAUCGCACCCUUCACUACGAGUGUUCAUUUAGCACUGGUGAUCACCAUGAUCCGACGCCACUUUCCGCUAUUCCUCGACAGAAUAGUGACCGACUAGCGGCGGCGAGAUGGAUUGUGACAUCUGCUCACGAGCGUUGGGCGGUCGUCGCCAGCCGCUAUGUGCGGGAUGUGCGCAGACGAUGCUCUAUGGCUCACGUAUCCAGCAAGCGACGGUGUUGAUGGACCGGGAGAAGCAUCAUGCGCAUGCCGAGGCGGUUGUCAGACCGGGCAACGAUGGAGUUCUGGCGGCGCUGCCUGAAGAUGCAGACCUGGACGCUAUCACCACUGGCAUGAGGAGACACGGUCUGGAGCGCUCACGAGCAGAAGCGGAAUCAAGAGAGCUCCGUCUCCAUAGCAUUGUCGAGAAGGCAGACGAACUGAGGGCGCAGAUAGCAGCCUAUAAACAGCAUACCGCCGCGCGGAAGGAGCAUGUUCAAGCGCGACAGAAGGCCCUGGCAACGGAACGGAACGUUCUUGAACAAUGCAGACCCCGAGCGACAGAGCCUGUACAUGCGGCAACGAAGAAGGCGACCCAAAGGCUCGAAAAAGUCCGUAGCCGGAUCGUCGAUGCGCGAUUACUGCUGUGCCGCGAGGCUGCGCUUGCAAUGGACUUCCACAGGCGCAAGGGCAAAGACGGGAGAUCAGAGUAUGUGCUGGGCAGCAUCGUAGUGCCCGAUCUGCGACAUCUCAACGUGAGGACCCAGCCUCAAGCCAAAGCUCCUCUGGUCGGCGGGAGAACGGUCGCCGAGCCACACGACCUGGUAUCGGAGACCUUCGAUAACGUAGCGCGCUUGUCAAACUUAUGCGCUUACUACUUGGGAGUGCGUCUACCAGGCGAAAUCUUACUGCCACACGAAAAGUUUCCACGCGCGGCCAUCAUGCCGGAGAAAUCCAGCUACAAGCAUAGCAAAAUCGCUUUCCCGGGGUUGUCUUCCAGUCAGUCAUCCAGUCCCACUGAAUCACGCUUCAUCGACCAGAAUCUGCCACGACCGCGGCCUUUGUGGUUGGAAAAGCCACUAGCGCAGCUUGUCAAAGAAGAUCCGAAGUCCUACAGCCUCUACAUCGAGGGUGUCACAAUGCUCGCAUACAACGUCGCCUGGCUGUGUAAGUCACAAGGAGUAGACGGCAUCAACAAUUUUGAUGACAUCUGCGCAAUAGGUAGGAACUUGUACCAUCUUCUCCUUGCACAGCACCGCAAAUCGCAGCCUUACCGACCCACGAUCGAUCGAACCAGUACUGGCACAUCGAGCAAAGUCACAGCUGUACCUGGUGCCAGGGAAGUAGCACAGCAACCAACAAGCACUAUACGUCUUGGCGUCUUCUCCCACAACUCUGCUGAGAACAAUUUAGCCGCCGCCGAAGGUGGAGAGCUAAUGAAAACAUGGCAUCUGAGCUCUUCUGUCCGAUUGGCGGACAAGCUCCGUGGACAUCUUUUAGCUGAAAUAUCCGGUGCGGAGUGGACCUUAGUCGACGAGGAGGAAUGGAACGAAGAAAGGGAAGACGAGUUGCCUGUACUAGUUGGUGGAUCUCGACGUCCAUUCGAGCCCAGACAUCAUCCUGCCAUGAGUGUCAUGACUGUGGUUGCCCACGAUGGUGCUGAAGAGGAUAGAAGUUCUUCUGCUGCGGAAACCAAGCAGAAGAAGCAGAGCAGUGGAUGGAUGAAGGUGAGAGGGAGGGGCGGAGAUGGCUUUUAACGAUCAUGAUGAUGACAAAGAAGAACUAGAAGAUAACAGGAAUGAUCAUGACGUUACGCAGGACCAUUUGACACCCCCGGAAUUAUGUUUUCUUCCCACGCAUGCUACGCUCUAACAUGAACAAUAACGUAUCUCAAUGCUAUUCAGGUUUCGGCCGUCAAUGUGGUCUCGCUACCGUGAGAUAGAACACACUCACUCACAUCCCCUCUCAUCUGGUUCACCAAGCCUACACGUCUUCCAGAUCAACGCCCUGUCAACGGCCUCGUUGCCUCAUCAGCUCCCUCACCCGCAGCCUCACCGAGCGGGUUCUGCAACGCCGAUCCACCAAUAUCCCCCAAGCCCUUCUUCACAUCCUUCAACUCUUCUGAUCCUGGUCCCCCAGGUCCAUCAGGCACAGCAUCGAGUUGACUCUUGAACAUGUACGAAGCUUUGUUUUCUCCCAUAGUCCUUAACGCCUGCUUUUCGAGUUUUCGCUUCAUCUCGGGUGGAAUUCCUACGAGGUAGAUGUAGCCUGCGAACACGGCUAUCAGUGCGAAGACUGUUCCGGCGAUGACGGUAGCUGAUGGCAUGGUUGCCGGUUUGUUGUUGGUUGUUUGGCUCUUCGGUCGGUUUUGUUGUCUAUGUUCAGGCUUGCUGUGUAUUUCUUGUAGCUUUUUCGUAUGUUACUUAGGAAGUGGUGAAAAGAUG